UCUCUCUCGUCAGUAGCACCGCAGCUCAUCAGGAGGAAACAACUAUGAGAGAGUAGCUAGCAUGCACGGACAAUUAAUGUAAAUGGCGCCUGUCAAAAGGAAAUUAUAUCAGCGUUUGCUGUUCUUUGCCGUUCUUCUUCCAAUCUCAGGUGUUUUAUGCUUUAGUGAAUUAUUUUUCAUCAAGGAGCCCCAUGAUGCCACCGUCAUGCGGAAAGAAGCCAUUAUUUUGGACUGUCAGGCGCAUGGAGAGGCACCCAUCGACGUCCGAUGGCUCAAGAAUGGAGUAAAAGUGGUGGAGAAUGAACGGGUGUAUCUGCUCUCCAAUGGCUCCCUUUAUAUUUCGGAGGUGGAGAGUAGAAGAGGAGACAAAUCAGAUGAAGGGUUCUAUCAGUGCCUUGCUCAGAACAAGUAUGGUGCAAUCCUGAGCCAGAAAGCCCGUCUUACAAUCGCAAGUAUCUCCUCUUUUGCAAUCCAGCCGACGUCCAUAGUGGUGACAGAAGGCUCAGUCGCCAGGUUUUCCUGCAAAAUUAGUGCCCACCCUCCUCCCAUCAUCACUUGGGAGCUCAAUCGGGUCACAUUACCCCUCGCCACUGAAAGAAUCACAGUUCUGCCCAGCGGCGUUCUUCAGAUUCACGGGGUGCAGCGGAUGGAUGCUGGAAAUUACCGUUGCGUUGCCACCAACAUUGCCAGCCGCCGCCGAAGCACCGAGGCAACCCUCACUGUCACCCCAGCUCCCAGCCCUCUGCUUCCCCAGAGGCCGCGCAUCAUUGCUGGGCCACAGAACAUUUCAGUGUCGCUGCACCAGAGUGCCAUUCUGGAGUGCAUGGCCACAGGCAAUCCCAGACCCAUCAUCUCCUGGAGCAGAGCGGACAGCAAGUCUAUUGACGUUUACAACACCAAAGUGUUGGGAAAUGGCAACCUCAUUAUCACAGACAUCAAACCCCAGCAUGGAGGAGUCUACAUGUGCAGAGCCUCCACUCCCGGCACACGGAACUAUACUGUCGCUUCAGCCAAUGUCACCGUGCUGGCACCACCCUCCUUGGUGGAGUGGCCGGAGAGCCUGACCCGUCCACGUGCCGGCACUGCCCGCUUUGUAUGCCAGGCUGAAGGAGUUCCAACACCUCAGAUCACUUGGCUCAAGAACGGAGAGAAAGUUCACUCCAACGGUCGAAUCAAGAUGUACAACAGCAAACUGGUGAUCAACCAGAUCAUCCCUGAGGACGAUGCCAUUUAUCAGUGCCAGGCAGAGAACGAGCAGGGAUCGGUGCUCUCCAUGGCAAGGCUCAUUGUGGUGAUGUCAGAGGACAGGCCGAGCGCGCCCCGGAAUAUCCGAGCUGACACGGUGUCAAGCUCCGCCAUCCUUCUGGCUUGGGAGAGGCCUCUGUAUAACUCAGAUAAAGUUAUUGCCUACUCAGUGCACUACAUGAAGGCUGAAGGAUUAAACAACGAGGAAUAUCAAGUUGUCAUUGGAAACGACACAACUCGCUACAUUAUUGAUGACCUGGAGCCAGCGCGCAACUACACCUUCUAUGUUGUUGCCUACAUGCCCAUGGGAGCCAGUCGAAUGUCAGACCACGUGUUCCAGCACACGCUUGAGGAUGUUCCCCUCCGCGCCCCUGAGCUCAGCCUCACCAGCCGCAGCCCCACAGACAUCCAGGUGUCUUGGCAGCCUCUCCCCGACAAGCUGAGUCGCGGUCGAGUCUCCACCUAUCGUUUGUCCUAUCGCACCAGCGCUGAGAAUACAGUCUCACAGAUGGAGCUACCUGGAGAGAAGACCCAUCAUCUCCUGGAAAACCUGCAGCCCGACACCAUCUACCUUCUGCGUAUUGCUGCUGCCACCAGUGUGGGGUGGGGCGAGCAGUCUGCUUGGACAUCUCACCGCACUCCGAAGGCAUCCAGUGCUCGAGUUCCUCUGGCUCCUGAGCUGCAUUUGGAGCCUUUAAACUGCACCACUAUUUUGGCACGAUGGCAGUUAGCACCCAGAAACUCAGCUGGUGUGCUAGGCUACAGACUCUUCUACCACGAGGAGAGCCAGCCUGAGAACUCCCCGGUUCAGCUGCGCGCCUCAGAUAACACACACAUCAUCGGAGGCCUCGACCCAAGGAAGAAGUACCAUGUUAAACUUCUGGCUUACAAUUUCAUUGGAGAUGGCUACCAGGCAGACCAGACUAUCAGCACCCCUGGAUGUGUCUCUGUUCGAGAUCGCCUGGUGCCCCCUCCACCUCCUCCACACAACGUGUACGCCAAGACUAACAGUUCCACCGCGGUGUUUCUGCACUGGGGCCGACCAGCUUUCACCUCCAGCCAGGCGGUCAACUACACCAUCCGCUGCAACCCAGUAGGCCUGCAGAACGCCUCCCUGGUGCUCUACUUGCAGACGCGUGAGCAGAGCCUCUUGGUGCGAGAUCUGGAGCCCAAUACCAAGUAUGAAUUUGCUAUUCGCCUUCACAUUGAUCAGCUGUCCAGCCCCUGGAGCCCUGUGGUCUAUCAGAGCACUUUCCCUGAAGCUCCCAUGCUGCCCCCUUCCAAUGUGAAAGUGACUCUGAUUGAGGAGGACACUGCGCUGGUUUCAUGGAAGCCUCCAGAUGAACCCAACAUAGCUGUGACUCAUUACACCAUCCUGUACGCCUCCAGAAAUGAAUGGAUAGCAGGGGAAUGGCAAGUGCUGCAAAGAGAAGGGACCAUCACUAUGGCGCUGCUGGAGAACCUGAGGCCUGGUCAGGUUUACUUGGUGAAAGUUUCUGCGUCCAACAACAUGGGUGAUGGACCAUUUUCUCACACAGCCGAGCUGUCAGUGCGAGCAGAUCUCUCCUCCGACCCCCGGCUGUCCCGUGCCUUUUCUGAUGGCUUCUACCACCUGGACCAAAAAUCAAUGACAGGGAUCACUGUGGGAGUAUGUAUCGCUCUCAUCUGCAUCAUCAUCUGCGCUUUCAUCAUCGUCUGCAGAGGCAAAAACAGGAAAUUUUCAGCAGUUAAAACGUACAGAGGAGGAGUCAGCACAUCUGCCGCAGCUGCAGAACAUCUGGGCUCUGACGGACAAGCUGAGAACACUGAUGUGACUGUGCCAAUGAUGAGUCAAAACCACUUCAUUGAUGCCAAGGGUGGAACAAAUCUCAUUAUCAAUUCUCUCGGCCCUGUUCAACCCGGUGCUGAAAAGAAAAAGAAAUGGUUUUCCUUCAGCAAUAAUGUGAAGAAGGACAGUAAGGCAGUACAGAAUAUGAGACAUGGCUCCACCUCCUACCUGCCAGGUACCACGGUGCUGACCUACAAGGAGGAGUUGUCUCCCUCUCCAGACCAGCCCACCACCCUGCAGGCCCUGCUCAGGCAUCCCAGUGACACAGAGGGAUCCUCUAACAGCGAGGGCAGCCAUGCAACCGGCGACUCAGGUCGCUACUCUCACGACGAGACGGAGAUGACCAACCUGUCAUCCGGCAGUAGCAGCCGCCCGCCGUCUCUGACAGCGGAGGACAGCGGAGGCUCGGACUGCGGCGAUCCUGCUGAAGAGCGGAACAAGCUCGGAUCGGAGGAGAGUCAGACGGGCCUGAAGUUAAUGAAGUCUGUUGAAAAUGGCUGCUGUCGUCAGGAAGCUCAGGAAGCUCAGGGCAGUGUGUGGAGUUAG